AUGGCCGAACUGAGUGAAUUUCAGAAGAGGAGACUGGAAAAUAUCAAACGAAAUAAUGAUCUGUUGAAGAAGCUGAACCUCAAUGGUGUUUCAAAUAAGCUGAAAAGUGAGGUUGGCGUUAAGGACCAACACAAAAAAAAGACUACCAAUGGCAAGAAGAAGGUGGCGAAAAAGGAGCCAAAGCCCUCACGAGAACCCACGCGAAGAUCUCGCCGAUUGCUGGGUGAAUCUUCUGAUGGCAAGGAGGUGCCACACGUAAGUGAUUAUGAGCUACUAAAGAAGUCCGAUACGGAGGCCAAUCUAGAGGAGUUGAAGAACACAGCGGUGAUUGGAGAUGUAAAGCUGAGUGAUCUACUGAAGUCGGAGGAUGAAAGUGAGCUCUUGUCUCGAUUUCAAAGCUACAGUAACAAGAAUUUUUCGUCGGGCGAUUUCUUUAAAGAAAUUCAGAAGCAUCAAAAGGUCAGCGACGAUAUAGCGACAUUGCAACGCGAGCUGGAGCUUCAACCGUAUGAAAUAUUCGAGCCCAAUGAAAUCAAGAUUGUCCAAGACCGCAUCAGUGCGAUGUUCUGCCAUCCGGCUCUAGACCGCAAGCUCGUGGUUGGGGGAGAUACGACGGGCAACGUCGGACUGUGGAAUGUCCACCUUGAAAAUCCUACAGAUGAAGUUGAAGGGCCAGAUAUAACGACUGUAAAAUUGUUCAGCAAGAACGUUGCAAAAAUCGAUGUCUUCCCACAAGACUCCAGUAAGCUUAUAGCUGCUUCCUACGACGGAAUACUGCGGUCUAUUCAUCUGGGAAAUAUGCAAAGCGAAGAACUGGUGACUCUAAAGGACGAAUACGACGAUCCAAUGGGACUUAGUGAGUUUCAGUUCAGCUACGAAGACCCCAAUUUGGUGUAUAUGAGCACUCUGGGUGGUGAGUUCACAGCCGUCGACCUAAGGGCCAAACCAGCGUCCAUGAAUAUCAGACGGCUGGCUGAUAAAAAAAUCGGCUCCUUCAGCAUUAACCCCAGAAGACCCUACGAAAUUGCUACGGGAUCACUCGACCGUACGCUUAAGAUUUGGGAUGUGCGAAAGAUUGUUAAGAAUCCAGACUGGCUGCAAAUGGAAGACCAUCCAAGCCAUGAAAUGGUGGCUACCUACGAUUCAAGGUUGAGUGUUUCAGCUGUGUCAUACUCACCAUUGGAUGGAUCGCUUGUGUGCAACGGUUACGAUGACACGAUCCGAAUAUUCGACGUGAAAGACGUGCCGCCUCUAGAAAUGCAACCGCGCCUCACACUCAAGCAUAAUUGUCAAAGUGGCAGAUGGACAAGUAUCCUGAAGGCACGUUUUAAGGCCAAUAUGGACGUUUUUGCCAUUGCUAACAUGAGCAGAGCGAUCGAUAUAUAUCAUAGCUCGGGCCAUCAACUGGCGCAUCUCAAAACUGCGACGGUUCCUGCCGUAUUGAGUUGGCAUCCGAUGCAGAACUGGAUAGUUGGGGGGAAUUCGAGCGGCAAAGUAUUUCUGUUCGAGGAGGGAAGGACGUAG